AUGACGCUACAGAAGUCGUCUGGCUCAUUGCGUUUCCCCCUGCUAUGGAAACCACCAAGCCAGCGUUCUGUUCCUAUAGCAACUUCCCGGAAGCGUCUCGUUGCCCUGGUAAUCGGGGCUGAGAUUUUCACAGACCGCCAGUCACUCCUGAAGUUUGUUCCGAAGAUUAAACUGGAGGAGUCUCUGCUCAACUGUGAGGACGGUACUGAGGAGGCGGCCAUGACACUUGGAGCUGGCAGGCAGGACCCCACCACCACACCACCAUCUGUAUCCACCUGCAUCCACCAGAUCAUCACCUGCAACCUAACAGAGCGGCCUACUGAUGAAAAUUCUGAUGUCACUGUAUCGGAGGAGAACAGGGAGCUACGGGAGCAACUGUCUCAGCACCAGAUCAAAGACCAACUGCUUGCUAAACAGGCAACUCUCACAGACAGGCUGGAGCAGAUGCUAAUGAUGCAGUCAGCAGUGGACUUUGACCGGGACAAUGUGUCAGUGGACUACCUACAGUUGCAGAACGAGCAGAGGGCCUACAGGCUCAAACUGCAGGCCUAUCAGGAGGGGCAGCAGAGACAGGCUCAACUUGUUCAGAAGCUGCAGACCAAGGUUCUGCAGUAUAAGAGAAGGUGUGGUGAACUUGAAGAACAGGUGCUGGAAAAAGCCUCAGAAUUGGAAAAGGUGAGACUGCUUGGUGUUUUUUGUGCUCAGCUGCAGGCCCACCUGGACUCAGCCCAGCGUCACCAACAGAUAGAACAUGAUCUAAAUAUGGCUGUCCAAAGCAUGUCUGCUCAGCUAGAGGAGGAGCAGAAAAGGUGUGCCAGCCUCAGGCAAGUCAACUCCCUGCUGCGGGAGCAACUCAAGCAGAUGGGCACAGUUAACCAGGGGUUGAUGGAGAGCUUGCGGAAGGCCCGCAGAGACGUGGAGCUGAGUGAUAGCCGUCUGCGCAGAGAGCAAGAGACAUGUGCCUCCCGGGUGGGUCGCGAGCAAGCCCGUGUCAGAGCACUGUGGCGCCAAGCUGCCUCCCUGCGGAGCACUUUUACCCAGCUAAGGACUUUCACUGACAGGAUUCUUUCUGAUAUGUGUGGGGAGUGGGUAGCCACCAGCUGCCAACUGCACAUUGUCUGCACAAACCUAGAGACCAGGGUAACUCAGGACAGCGCCUCCACUGGUAUGGAGAUGUCAGUGCUGGAAACGCAACUGCGAGGCAAACUUAGGGAGGCCAGGCAGCACCAGGGCCGCUGGGACGCAGAGAAAGUUGAACUCAACUCUAGGAUCCAGGAGCUGACAGAUAUGGUGAAGCACCUCCGGAGCCAGAGCAGCGAGAAGGAUGCAAGUCUCACUGCCAUACAGAUCAGUUGUCUGGACAGGAUGGAGACGAGCAGAAAGAAGGAUGAAGUAGAGAUGGAUGCCCUCCACGCAGAGAUCCAAGCACUGAAACAAAUCUUAUGCCAUAUCACUCAGUUGGUUGGUGGUGAGGGUGACAGGAGUGGCUCUGAGGGUGUGACGUCCUCCUCAUCUCUCCGUGGCCAGUCUCUUCAGAGGGACAGCACCCUGAUGGCAGUACAGAAUGCCCUCACCAAGCACCAGAAACAAACACAGGACCUGCGAGGCCACCUGGAUGCCACCUUGGAGCAAGUGGACACACUGCGUGAUCACCUGCAACAGAGGGAGACUGAGAGGAGAGAGCUAGAACAGAGGAUGCAGGAGUUGACCUGGGAAAUCCAGGAGGUUCAAAAAAACCUGGAGGAAAGCCGCCAAGACAACAACAGAUGCUGCUCUUCACUUGAGCUCUUGUCCAGUGAGAAGGACAGCCUGGAGAAGCUGCUGGCAGGACUACAGCAGGAGGUGGACUCCCAGCACGCGGAGCUGGAGGUGCUGAAGGGCUCGUCACUGGAGCUCCAGAGACAGAGGGACCUCCUGAGGCAGCAGAGGGAGGAUCUGGAGAGGCAGCUGGCAUGCCAGCGAGCAGAGGCCCAGAGAGGUGAGAGGAGUCUAGAGCAGCUUGAAGGAAAACAUUCUGAGUUGCACAGGGAGCUUGUGAUAAUGAAGGAGGCUCUAAGUCAAGUCACCUUGCAGAAGGAGGUGUUGGAGGAUGACAAGGCCAGCCUUUCUCUGGCUCUCAACAAGAAGGAGACCCAGAGUGCAGAGCAAGAGUUAGUCCUAACCAAAUUACAGAGCCAGGAGGCUACCUUAAGAGACUCUCUCGCCAAAAUGGCUGCCCUGAGUGAAGGCUUAGCUAAUGACAAGGUGGAGCUCAACCGUAUUCUGCUACGGACAGAGGGGGAGAAGGCAGAGCUUGCCGAACACAGACGAGAGGCAGAGCUGGACCAGAGAGCAACCAAGGAGGAGAUGGCGAGGCUGCAGCAGGACGUGAUGAAUCUGACAUCUGAGAAACGGGCCCUGGAGAACUCCCUGGGCCACAUCCAGGAGGUCCAUCAGAGGCAAGAGGCAGAGCUGAGUCUGCUGCAGAAGGAGAACACCCAGGCCCUGGAGCAGCAUGCACAGGCCAACAGGCAAAUGCAGGCAGUGUCAGAGCAGCUGUGUGCAUGCAGGAAGGAGCUGGACACACAGACCACAGCUCUGCAGAGAGCCAUCCAUGACAAAGAGGAGCUGGCCAAGUACAAGUCUGCUCUGGAUGUCCAGCUGACCUCUGUUGAGCGCAAGGCCUGGGGACUCAACCAGGAGCUGGCUGUUCUCAGGAUGGAGAAGGAGUCUCUGGAGACUGCUCUGUUCGAGAGCCAGGAGCUUGCCUCUUCUCUGGAGAGGGAGCACUCCCGGCUAGAGGAGGAGAGGCGCAGCCUGCUCCUAACUAAUGAGGCCUUGAUACGCGACACUCAUCGGAUGCGCGCAGAUGCUGAACAGCAGGUGGCACGAGCAGCACAAGAGCGGAGUAAUUUGGAGGACAAGCUGGCCCAGGUGGAGAGGAAUGCCCAGCUCACCCUCAACAACAGAGAACAAGUGCACAGAGAACAGAUAGAGGCUGAACGCAAAGACAAGGAACAGCACUAUGCGGAACUGAAGAUGCAGAGGGAGCAGGCGGAGGAGCAGCUGCGCAGACAAUAUGAGGAGCAGCGUGUGCACAGCCAGGCGGAGCUGCAGCAGGUGCAGGAGGAGCUGUCCAGGCUGCAGCAGGACUGUAACCAAAACCUCUUUCAGGCUGAGAGUCAGAAGCAGCAGGCACUGUCUCAGAAAGAGGCAGAGAAGGCUGCCAUAACAGAGAGGCUGGCUGUGCUGCAGCAGGACCUGGCCAAAGCAGGCAUUGAGAUGGACCGUCUGCGGAGAGAGGCCCUCAGUCGACAGGAGCAGGACAAGAAUACAGUGGCUGGGCUGCAGGUCGAGCUGCAGCAGUUACAUUCUCAUUGUGAGGAGUCUUUAAGCUCCUACGAGAGUAUCAAGAGGAGUCUAACUGAGCAAGUCAGAGAGCUGAUCCAACAGAGAGAACAUACAAGGCAAGAGUCUCAAAGCCUGCGAAAGCAGCUGCAAGAAGCAGAGGAUGGGCGUGAUGCUGGACACAGGGAGCUGAUUGAGGUCCACAGGGAGCUACAAGAGUGUGCCCAGGAGAGGGACAGCCAACACAAAGAGGUCCUGAACCUGAGAAGGCUGUUGGGGGAUGAGACACGCGCCAAAGAGGCCAUCCAGGCCUCUAACCAGGAGCUGAGGGCCUCCUUCAAGAGAACCGAGAGCGACAACAACAGCUUGAGGCGAGCUGCGGAAGAGAAAGAGCAAAAGGUGUCAGUCUUAGAAGAAUGCAAGAGCUCAAUGCAACAGGAAGCCACCAGUUUGAGGAUUACCAUGAGGGAACUGGAGAAGUCUCACCUCCAGGCACGCAGAGAGCUGCAGGAGCUGCGCAGACAGGUAAAGGUCCUUGAAGGUGAGAACAGGCAGAAGAGCCAGGAACUACAGGAACUCCAGGCUCGGGUGUGUCAAGAGAAGCAGAAGGAGGAGGAGGCGCACGCCAAAGCUUUCACUCUGAGGCAGAGAGUUGUGGCGUGUGAGGCUGGCAGAGAGGCAGCCCUGAAUGAGGCUAUGGGGUUGCAGCGCCAUGUGGUGGAACUGGAAUUGGCACAGCAUCAGAGCAGAGAGUCACUGCAGGAGAAAGAUGCUUGUCUUCAACAGAAUGACCAGAGGCACAGGGAGGCAACUUCUCACCUGGAGAGGUCUCUAGACGAUGUCAGGGGUCAACUCAGGGACCUCGCCCUGCGGGCCAACCUUGCAGAAAGAAAGGCAGAGAGCCUGGAGGAGCAGCUGUGUCUUGGAGAUGCCACACGGCAUGACCUGGAAGUCAAGCUGGCGGGGCUGUACUCAGCUCUGCGCCGCACUCUUGGCAUCCACCCCACAGGACUCUCACGCACCCCCAGAUCCCGUCGACGCUCUCCCUCUCAGUGGAGCACUCACCUGCCAGUGAGGGAUGAAGAGCUGGAUGGCAACACUGUGCAGACAGCCCUCCAGGAAUUCCAGCAAGAGCUCACGAACACACAAAGAGACAGGGAUGAAGCCAAGGCCCAGAUAGUCACUCUGAGUCACCAGGUGACAGAGUUCCAGCACAGCCAGGACAAGUCAUGUGCUCAACUGCUACAUUUACAGAAGGCCUUGAAGGAGAAGGAGGAAGGGAAACGAGAGAUUGCAGAAAGACUGCAUGGAGCACAGACCUCCCUUUCCCUGCAGGAAGAGGCAGCAUGGCGUAGAGACAGGGAGAAGAGGUGCCUUGCAGAAGAGGUGGCAAAACUCAAGACCAGUCUACAGGCAACUGAGGUUGAAUUCAGGGCACUGCAAGGGAAGCUGCAGCACUUGCAGAGUGGAGAAGCUUGUGCAGAUGCAGAGCAGCGGAAGCUGAAGGAGUCCCUGGAGGCAGCAGAGAAAAAGGCAAGCCUUCUUGACCUGUCCAAGUGCACCCUGGAGGGAGAGCUGCAGCGGGCCAAGCUCAGGGCAGCGGAGCUAGACACAGAGGUGGGGUUAUUACAGGAGAGAUUGAUGGAGAUGAGAAGGGAACUGGGCGACAGCAAGGACCGGUAUGCCGCGCUGAAGGUCAGUGAGGAGAGGCUGAUCACUGCACUGGGCCAGGCUGAACAGCAGGAGGGCAAGCUGAGAGAGAAGCUCCAUGACCUGUCAAACUGUGUCAGAGACAACAGGGCCAGCACAGGAACCAUGCAAGAGCAAAUAGCACAACUCCAGAGGGCUCUGACUGUCAGUGAACAUGACCGAAGGCUGCUGCAGGAACAUCUGGAUAAAGCCAGAGAUGCCCUUUCAGAGAGUAAGAGGCUCAACCACACACUGACAGAGCAGGCCCAGAACCUUCAGAGGGCCCAAGAGGACUCAGAGCUGAAGAUUUCUGACCUGGAACAAUACAACAGUACACUGAAGGAGGCCCUGAUGCAGAAGAAGGAGGUGGAGGUCCAGGCCCAGGGGAGCUCCCAGCAACUGCAGAGGGAGAACAAGGAGCUCCAAAACAAGGCGACUAGUCUGCAGAGCUCUCUGCACAAGCUGCAGGGUGAGAAAGCUGAGCUGGAGAGGGCUCUGAAGCAGCUUAGAAAAGACAAGUCUCUACUCAGAAAGACUCUGGAGAGGGUAGAGCUAGACAGGCUGAGGAAGGAGGCGGAGGCUAUGUCAGCAGGCAGGGAGAAGGAGCAGCUCAGGCAGACUGUCCGGAGCCUGGAGCAGGAGUUGGUGGAGAGGCAGUUUGAGAUGCAGACCCUGCAGGCCCAGGUAUCGCAGUUGGAGCACACUUAUGCACAGCGCCUCCUGGAGGUGGCAGCCCGCCAUCACCAGGAGAUGGACGUGGAGACAGAUCGUUUGAGGGGCACUCAGCUCCAAGCAGAACGGGCCCUUGAGACCAGGGAGAAGGCCCAUCACCAGAGGGUCAAAUGCCUAGAAGAACAGGUCCUGACACUGAAGGAGCAGCUUGAUCAGGAGAUGAGAAGACGACAAGCCUACGUCAAUCAUAUGCUGCAGCCUGGGGUGUGA